AUGGCAGCAAUACCAUCAAGCGUCAAGGAGACUGAACGUCGCUCUUCAUCCUCCCACCGCCGCGCAAAUAUGUCCCAUGGACGGGGUGGAGCUGGCAACAUCGGCAACGCCGACUCGGACCUCGACCCCGUAACGCUCGAGACCCCGACCAUCAAGAGCCAGAUCUACACCACGGGCCGCGGCGGCAGCGGGAACAUGGCCAAGAAUGAUAAUCCGGAGGAGGCGAGACGUGCGCAGGAUGUUGUUGGACACCCGCGCCGAGAAUCCACCUCGUCCACACACGUCGGCCGCGGCGGAGCAGCCAACAUCUUCAAGCCGUCCGCCGAGGAAAUCGCCAAGGCGAAGACCGAUAAUGCGAAAUGGGAGAGUGCACUGGAGGACGAGGAGAAGGAUGGCAGCGCCCCGAAGGGGUUGGCGGAUCGGGGCAAGGAGUGGUUGAUGGGGAAGAAGAAGUGA